UUUCCGGGUGAGCGAAGCCUUUCCGCGCCUUUUCGCUUUAUGGACCGUUCGAGUCGCCUCGCUCUUUUUACAUAAUUAAAGAGUAAAAUGUUGUUUUGCACUUAUUUCGUUCGUAAAACUCGUGUCUAUAAAGUAUUCGGCCUUGCGAGAUAGUACAUAACACACAGUAGAUACACAACUAACCACAUAAACAUGUUGCUGCCAUCAGAUGUGGCGAGACUUAUACUUGGGUAUCUCCAGCAGGAAGGACUGACUGCCACUUGUCGAGCAUUUAUCCUUGAAAGUCCUAACCUGAGGGAGUAUGCUGAGCACAGUUCUGAGGAUGGAGCGAUCCCCGCCUGUGUUUUUUCUCUUUUUGGGAAGAACCUGACCACAAUUUUAAACGAAUAUGUUGCUGUCAAGGCGAAAGAAACAUGUCAGGAGAAUCAAAUACCAGCCAUGAUGACGUCGUUGUGGAAAAAGUUAGAUUUCACACUCAACCAGAUCAAAUCUAUGCAAAACUCUCCCGCUGUUCAACAAAUCCAGCGGCUCCGCACCCAGAACAGCAUUCAGAAUAUGCGGCGUCAGAGGGCCCUGUCAGCAUCUCUGUCUUCUAGCACUGUGUGCCUGUCUGUGUCUACUCCUGGAAACUGUGUCUCCAGUCCUAUCCCAGCUCCUCAAGGCAUGCUUGGACACUCCACGCCAGUGUGUUACACCUCCCAGCAGACCAGACCCUCUACCAUCACCCUCUCUCAGCCAGGAGAUUCAACUUUACAAAUUAUACUACCUGAUCAUAGAUUUACUCCAGGACCACUUUCUCCAGCCCGCAGGAAAUGUGACUCUCCUAGACGAAGGGGUGGAGGCCAGUUUGGAACUAGCAGGACCACUGCAGUGUCCAGCACUCUCAAUGUAGAAUCCCAGAGCCAGGAGGCUGUCACGGAAAACUUAUCCCAAAUGGUGAUUGAGAAUGCACGAGAAAAGAUUCUGAAUGACAGGUCCUUACAAGAAAAGCUUGCUGAAAAUAUCAACAAAAUUUUGGCAAGUGAUAACAGCCCCCAGAUAUCAAAGGCUGUGUGCAGCACAGUGGAGCAGGAACAGUCAAUAGAUGAAAUACUGGGCCUGCAGGGAGAAAUCCAUAUGACUGAUGAUGCCAUCCAGGACAUCCUCGAGCAGACCGAGUCAGACCCAGCUUUUCAGGCCCUCUUCGAUCUCUUUGAUUAUGGAAAAAGUAAGACAGCUGAGGGCAAUGAGCAGACUGAUGGUAAUCUCAGCAACAGUGCACAGGAGAGUGAUGAAACUGGCCAUGCAGACAGUGCUACAGGUACAGGCACUGGGUGUGAAGAUUCCACAUCAAGUGCAGAAAGCACUGCAAGGAAACUAAGGAGCAAAACCAUUCAGGAAACAAAAAGCAAAAGGAAGUCAAGCCUUCCUCUUAGCACAGGCAGGACAGUUCCGGCAGCUUCUCCAUCACGUCUACUUGCUAAGCGAACAACAUGUGCAAAAAAAGGAACCAGCAGGAACAAAGUUUCAGUCAGCAGUAAACAGGCAAAAGCCUCUAGUUUGACCCCAAGGGGGCAGGUGAACAAGAAAGCAGACUCAGAAUCCUCUGAUCAAAAUACAUCAAGCUGCUCUCUGUCUGAAGAGGGCACAAGCAUGGAGGUGGAUGAACCAACUAGAGAGAAGUCAGUUGCAUCAAAUCCUCAGAAGAUUCUGCAACCAGUACUUCAGGAGAGCUCUCAGACCACUGAAGUCACCUGUGAUAGUAGUAAAAAGGUCUCUGUAUCUAAUAAGCAAGGAGAACCUACUCCCAGGGUUGGAAUAGAUGCCUCUGGACUGCAAAAGGAGAAGACAGCAGAAAAGGCUGCAAAACAGAAUGCUGGUACACAAGGAGCUCCUGGAGCUUCAAGUCAAAGCACAGAUGAGCCAUCCCACCACAGAUUGGCACACAUUACAAAUGUUCCCAGCAAGACUUCCUCUCAGCAACCUGCAACAAACAAGGUUCCUGUACUAGGCACACAGGAAAAAGACGCCAAGCCCAGCAGUCCACGAGGCACUUCCUCUGAAACAUUGGCUUUAGUUACUCCUCAUUCUGCAGUCAGUUCCACUCCAUCUGCUAUAGUCCAUGUUUCUCAGUCCCAGACCACCGAGCCUGACCCUAAUAAAAUAGUGGCUUUGAAGAUAAUCAUCAGCGAUGAACACGAAGAGCAGAACAGUGACUCCGCUCUAAACCAGGCAGUCUCUAGCAUCAGUGAUGACUGCAUCCCUACCAUCUUCCUCUCCUCUCCAGCUAAAUCUCCAGCUAAGAUUGUGCCUGUGCCAACCUCCUCCAUAACUCCAGAGGAGACUGCGCAGGCAGUGAGCAGUUUACAGGGUGUUGAAGCUGCUGGAGCACCAACUGUAAGCAGCUCACAGCUUUCACAGGCCAGACUACAGAGUGUGGCUGGUCAGGAGGCCGGAUUCAUCCAGCUGUUACCUGCUAGCGCAACAUUUGGAGGACAAAACAGCUAUUUUGUUGUUACAGAUCCAGCAGCUACAGUUGAUCAGCACUCUGGUAUGAUGCUACUUCCAAGUAGUGCAGCACAAGGAGCAACAACAUGUGCAUCACAGUUGGUGGCAACGCCACCUCGAUCACGGGCUGUUGUGACCAUGUCAGCCAAUGCACCUCAAACCUUUUCACCUGCAUCAACCAUCAUAAUCUCCUCACCAGUUCAACCUAUGAUACAAAAUGUGGCAGUUCCAGUAUCUGUCUUUGGACAGAACACCACAGGAAAAUUCGCUGUACUAUCCAAUCAGAUGUUGGCUGUGCCUGGUCCAACACUGAUGAACCAACCUGCAAAAGUUGUAUCAAAAUCUAAACUUUUGCCUAAGGACAAUGUGGAGCUAGGCAAGGUUGUAACACCUGGAUCUGGGCAAGUUUCAAACGCCUCUCAAAGCUUAGAGCAGCUAAAGAGCAGUACCAGAGCGAGCCCUGGUCAUCGGAGAAUACUUUGCUUCGAUGAAAACGCUGACCAGACUAAUAAAACGAGCAUUACCACUACUGCUACAGCUUCCCCUGGAGUAAAAGAGCGCACAAGGACAGAUCGGAUCCAGCCUUCUCUUUUGGCCAGCAGUGGCGCCAAGAAGAGGGUAGAGACAGUAAGAUCACCAGAGCUAAAUCACAGUUCGGGCACAAAGGAGAAGCCUUCUGUACAUCAGGAACAAACAGAGCCUAAAAAAAGUGUGGACAAAGAAGUGGGAACUGAUCUGGCUGCUAAUAUCAGCACUUCCUCAACCAGUGCCACUCCGCAAGAUCCAUCUGUUAGAUCAGAGUCAAGACAAAGAUCACAGCUCACAUCAAAUACAGACGAUGGCCCAACUGUAUCAGCAGACAUGGCACAGAGUUUAAAGUCUUCCCCUCAGUCUAUAAAGCACAAGUCAAGCACAGUCAUGAAAAACACUUCACAAGAGGAAUCGCAUGAAAGAAGUCCUCCAAAUACCCUAGAGGAACCUUCUGAGAGCAGCACCUCACAGGACUCACCUGGCAUCACUGCAAACAAAGAAAAUGAAGUAGGAAGGCGAGAGCCACAUCAGGCAACAGCGGAAAACUUUGUGUCUUCUACAGUAAGACCCUCUACCCCUGCAUCUCAGACCAUGUCUGGUAAACAUAUGUGCAAGACCAGCCCACUUACCAAGCAGGCAGUGGAGAUGCUGCAGGACAUUCAGAGCCAAAGUCCUACUGCCACUACGCCCAGGAGAAAAGGAGCUGGCUGCUCAGACCUGCCACUUCCAAGAACACCUGGUUUAGGUCGCCUCCAGGAGGACUACCUGGAUGGUUUGAGGACUCCCUCAAGGCAGAGACUUGGACGGGAAGCGGAAGGCACACCGAAACAUCUAGUACCUCCUGCCACACCUGAUAUUCCAUCAUGCAGCCCAGCCAGCGAGGCAGGGAGUGAGAACAGUAUCAACAUGGCUGCCCAUACCCUCAUGAUACUGUCUCGUGCAGCCAGAACAGGAGGGCCUUUAAAAGACAGCUUGCGCCAGGAGGAGGCUGGUGCAGCCAAAUCCAGUGCUUUCAAAGGGAAGAAACGCAAGCACACAGAACCAAGCCCUAUGGCAAAGAAAGAACUACCGCUUUCAGGUUCAUCUGGAAACAAGAAGAAAGCUAAGAAGCAGAAGAAGCUGCUUGACUCCUUCCCACAUGACCUAGAUGUUGACAAGUUCCUGUCGUCCCUCCAUUACGACGAAUGAGAAGUAGAGGCUCAGCACUGCACUCAAGGUUGUCUGCCGAGCAGGCAACUGAAAAGAGAAUUCCAACAAGGAAACUUAUUGGCAGGACUUUUGUCUUAUUAUUCAGGCCUCACAUGAUAGUUGUGUAUAGUUGUUGAAUAUGUAUAUGCCUUAUUAUCCCAGGGAAAGUUAUUGUACAGAUCAGUUAUUGUAUAGUCAUUUUGCCAUAAUGCUGUACCUCAAUUGAAAGUCCAUAUCAGUGUCGAAUCUCUGAAAUGUAUUUAUGUGCAACAUAAAGUCACUGACAGUUUUGUGAUGUUCUAAUGUAGUUCAAAAAUAUUUGAAGCUAAGUUUUGUUUUAAUUAAAACAAACCUGACAAACCAAUGUAA